GUGAAGAGUCCGGGCAAAGAUCAAUGAUAACGUAAGCAAAGGAACACAAUGAGGUAUUCAAUAGAGUAUGUCAAUCGGCCUAUGACGAUUAGGAGGCCUAUUGUGAAAAACUUCCAUGGGGACAAUCCAGUGUUUUAUACACCGUGUUUGCAAACUGUUCACCGACCGUCGCAAAGUAGUGGAGAGAAUAAUAUAAGCAGCCGGCAUUUUGCUUAAAUCAUAAUUCGAUAUUUUUGACACAGAGGUAUUAUUUACGAUGGAGAACGGGUAAAGAUUGGCGAGAUGUAGGACAGUUUCAGAAGAAAUAAUUUUGUGGAGGAUUUUGUCGGGGAGAGAUAUGGCGUUGCUCAAUCCUUCCACGAGCCAACUCGUAGCAUACCACGAGCGAAAUUAUGAGAGCGAUAGCGGGUUUUCGGCCGACGAUUACAGCUCUGUGGACCCGAUUGCAGUGGCUUCAGAGAUCACUUCUGUAGCAUCAAGAGCUUCUAAGAACAAGAGUGUCCUCAAGUUGAACACCCGAGAUGAUGGAACUGUCAUCACAUUGGACGAAACUCCUGUGAUCGUUGACAGCGUCCACGACCAUGGGAUUGAGGAUGAUGCCGGCGACGGCGUUGAGUCGGACGUCGAGCGCCGGAAUCCUCUCGUCGUUUCCUUCAAAGAGGACGAUCAUAUCCAAGAUUCAAAAUCUGGCAAAAAUAAAGGACAGAAGCAGUCGAUCCAUUUUGUGACGAAGCGGAUCAAAGCUUCUUGGUUAGACAACACCUACCAAAAGGCCAUUGCCAGAGCCAGAGCUCGACUUGCCAAGGGCAACUGGCCCGAGUAUCCCGAGGAAUGGAGGUUGCCCCAUGCACCUCUGCCAGCCCGACCUGACUAUACAAGAACUGGUCCUGUGGCUUCUCUUACAGGGGGUUACCUGGAGGCCAAACGAAACAGGAAAGAACGAAGAAAAAGAAGCGAAACAUUCCCAAGAGCUAAAUCUGACACAAAGAAUACUGAAAGACAGACCAUUCUUCCACCAAUUGAUGCACUGUACAACAGCCUCUUCGCCAACCUAUCUGCCAGCUACCCUUCACAUCUAUUGCGGAAACGAUGGGAGUCGUCUGCGGCGGCGGCGUCGUCGUCGAUGGGUGCGACAUCGGUCUCAUCAGAUCUGAACAGCACCAGCUAUCUCCCUUUUAUUGGUACCGCUCGUCUUCAUCCCAAGGAACUCACCCCUACAGUUCGGCGGGAUGACAGUUCACAGCCUCCUAGUUUCUGUUACGGUUGCACGGCCGAGCUUGGGAAUCUCCCAGAUAGCAAAGCACCUCUGUUCUUUCUUGACAAUCCAGAUAAUAGCACGGAUGAUGACCGAUUAGGCAUCGAGCAUGCGCAGUUGGUUCCACAAAAUGGCCCCGCCCACCAACACGUUGCUACCACCCGAGUCUGCUACGGCUGUUCUCUCAGCAAACUACCACAUGUGCAUGUGACGAAGCCACGUCGAGUAGGUGGCGGAUACACCAUGGUACGUCAAGCUGUCGAGCCUUACAGGGGAGACAUACCCAAAGAUGGCGGUUCGCCCCCACCCUCAACAUAUAUAUCAGAUGACAUGUCUUCAGACGAUGAGGACAUCGAAAGCCACUACGAUGCCGAGAUCGACGAGGAAGAAAGGGGGAUUUUAGAUUAUAUCAAUGUCGCAAAGCUGGAUGAGCCAACGCUCCCGCUCCCGUCAAUCCCACGGGAGAAACCACUCCCGAUCCCACUUUGUAUCUUGGAAAAGAUCAAGGCCAAAGAUGUAAAGGCUGUCAGCUUGCAUGAACGACAUUGCUACGCUUGUCGCGAAGCUCUCAAACACUAUUGGCCGGAAUACUUUACCUUGAGAGACGAAUCAGAUGGCUCGACAUCCGGGGUCGGCACCUCUAUCGGCUCAGAAGCCUUGGAAGAAGAAGAGCGCCGCCAAGAGGAAAGAAGAAGACAGUUGGAGGAAGCACGACAAUUAAGAUUAGAAGAAGACGCAAGGCGAAAAGAAGAGGAAGCAGAGAGAAGGAAAAAUCUUUACAAACCUCCUAAAGCAUUCCAGUUGAAGAAGACUGAGAAGAAAGAAAUUGAAUCUAAGGACCCCUUCUCGACAGAUCGAAAUCUGAACAUUCCAAAGAACGAAGGGUUCAAACUCAAGAAAACCGAGAAGCAGACGACAAAGUUUAUCGAGCAUUCCCGACAGGAAACCGAAUGGAAAGAGCCGAAGAAAUUUGAACUUACGAAGACGGAACCGAAAACAACAAAAACGGAUUGGAAGCCCCCGGAAAGACCCGAAAGACUGAGACCUGCGACUCCGCCGACGCCGCCACCUCCACCGAAAGGAAAGAAACCCACAGUGCCCAUCGAGCCGAAAAAGCGAGAACCUCCUCCGAAGAAACCCGAUCCUCCGAAGCAGGUCGAAAAGCCGAAGCCGAUUGAAAAGCCUAAACCCGUUGAAAAGCCGAAAGAACCUCCUCAACAGAAAAGAGAGCCAAAGCCGGAACCAAAACCGAAACCCGCACCAAAACCUGUCGAAAAACCGGUUAGAGAACCCCCUAAACCAAAGGAAGUACCGAAACCAAAAGAACCACCCAAAGAGAAAGUGCAACCGGAGCCAAAACAGCGACCACAGAAGGAGCCUCCUCCCCCUCCCCCGAAGAAAGAAGUAACUAAGAAAGUUGAACCGGUUAAGACGGAGCCUCCAAAACCCAUUGAGAAACCGAAGAAAGUCGAAGAACAUCCUAGGAAGGAGAAACCGGAAAAGGAAAAGCCGAAACCGAUCGAAAAGGAGAAACCCAAACCGGUCGAAAAGGAGAAACCCAAACCGGUCGAAAAGGAGAAACCCAAAGCGAUAGUAAAGGAAAAACCCAAACCGGUUGUAAAGGAGACACCCAAACCGGUGGUAAAGGAACAACCGAAAAAGGAAAUCCGGCCAGUCAAGAAACAAGAGCCUCCGACGAAGCCAGUAGCAGCAGGUGAGCUUUUUAUUGAAUCCGCUUAUUAUAUAUUAUUUGGCCAAAAUUCUAUUUCACAUUUGAAGUUGGUAUAUAUUAUGUUUUUAAAAAAAAUGGCAUUUGAUAUAGUUUUUCACUUUAUACAUCCUAAUUAUCAUAGAACAUGCACGUAAUUCGGCUAUCACAUA